UGUAUUGCGGACAAAUAGGAGAUGCGCGUGAACAGCUGAUGCAUGUGACGUCACUCUUCAACAUGGCGGACUGGAACAGAGGUCACGGCUCAGUGGACGAUGUGCUUGAUUCUGAAAAUAAGCGACUGGCUGAAAACCUGGCCACAAAAGUCUCCAGACUGAAGUCGUUGGCGUACGACAUUGACAGAGAGGCUGAGGAUCAGAAUGACUACCUGGAUCACAUGGAUUCCAACUUCCUGAGUGCCACUGGUCUGUUGAGUGGCAGCGUGAAGCGUUUCUCCACGCUGGUCCGCUCCAGCAGGGACAAUCGUCGCAUCCUCUGCUACGUGUCUGUGGGCCUGGUGGUGGUCUUCUUCCUGCUCUACUACCUGGUCUCCAGGAUUCAACGCUGACAACUGUCCAAAUCAGCCAAAAACUUUGUCAACCCUGUGGUUUCCUGCACAGGACAAGACUUUAGAAUCUACCUGAAGCCAACGAGAGAAAGGAUUGUUGUUUUUGAAGUGGUGGUUGAUCACUGACAUUAGUCAUACCAUAAUGGUGGAUUAGCUUCAACGGAAAAAGAAGGAUGUGAACGGAGUCCAGGAUUUUCCAUCAAACACUGAAAUGGAGAUAUGGGAGUUUUAACUUUAAUGUAAACAUACGAAGGUGGAGUGGGUUUUUCAGAACAGGUUUUGCUGCUGUUUAUCUUAGCAGUGUUACAGUGUCACAGUUUAAACCUUCAAAACAUUCCUAAUUUAACUUUGAAUGAGUCGACAGCCACAAAAAAGUUUAACAAACCUGUUUUUGAUUUCACUGUAUAAUUUAACUAUGGGCACGUAGUUUUUUAAAAUGAUUUUUAAGGGUCUCAGUAUCAGUACAUGCUACAUAUUAUUUAUUGAAGGGUCAGUGUCUCAUUUUUUGUGCUGUGUAGAACAAGGAUACAACAGGUGAUGGUUUAAAACAAGAACAGCUAAUGAGUGUGUGUUUGUUAGUUAACAUGAAAUGUUGGGAGUUAUCCUUCCUUAUGGUUUACACAAAAAUAUUUUGAUUACAAUUAUUUUAUUUUUAUACCUUAUUUAGUCGGCCAGAGAAUAUUUACAUUCUUAAAACUAAUCAGCCAAAAUAAUCAUAAAUACAUAUUCAAUAAAAAAUUACCUUUAAA